AUGCACAGUUCGCCAUCAUCGCCCCAGGCUACGGCUUUCCUACCAGAGCCUAUCGUUCUGGGAUCAAACAUUUCAGCGGACACUCUCCACCGACCUUCCAUAACUCCCUCAAUAUCUUGCUCCUCUUCCUCCUCGGAGUCUGAGAACAAUUCUCAACCGCAGUCCCCUCGGUCGACGUCGCGCCGUGGUCGCAUGGAAAGACCUCGAAUGGGGGAUAGGCAGCGGUCCCAUUCUAUCAUUGUUCCAAAAGGUCGAGAUAUUUGGCAACGGGAAAAACCAGAAUACCCCCCGGACGACGCAAGAGCAAUGAGUCCCAGACGGAAUAGUGAAGACAUUGAGAGACUGGAACGCGGUGUUCGUGAGAGUCUAAAAGCGCAAGCUCGGAGUCUACAGUCUUCAUUAGCCGCAUUGGCAGAAAAGAUUGACGAGGUCAAGAACGACCACGACAAACUCGAGACCGAGAAUCGAUUUCUGCAAGACUACAUUGGCGGACUGACGAGGACAAUGUCGAAAGAUAAUCUCGCCCGCAGUGCGAGUAUCAGCGGGAAGAAGAAGGGCAGGAGAUGA